CCAUGUAACCUGCUCCAAACAAAACAGAAUGACUUCAGUGGAUACAGUACCAUGAAAACAAAUAAGAUCGACAGGGAAUCAAUGGACAGGAAAUCUGAAAGCGUAACCGCUAUUAUAGAAGAUGAUAGCCCUCGUUCUUUGGGUUUCUGUGGCUGGAUUUUUCUCUUCAUCGCUGUCAUUUUCACAAUUGUACUGUUUCCUGUCACCAUAUUCAUGUGCAUCAAGCUCGUCCAAGAGUACGAGAGAGCUGUGAUCUUUCGUUUGGGUCUCAUCAUUGACAGAAAGCCAAAAGGACCAGGAAUCUUUUUUGUGUUGCCAUGUGUUGAUACUUUUAAGAAGGUGGACUUAAGGUCUAAGACGUUUGAGAUUCCACCUCAAGAGAUUCUGACAAAGGACUCAGUGACGGUGUCUGUAGACGGUGUGGUUUACUUCCGGGUCAAUGAUCCCAUCUUGUCUGUAGCUAAUGUGAGAAAUGCCGAUGAGGCAACACGCCUGCUUGCCCAGACCACACUGAGGAACGCCUUGGGCACUAAAAGCCUGUCAGAAGUGCUAUCAGACAGAGAGGGCAUCUCCCACAGCAUGCAGUUUGCCCUAGAUGAGGCCACACAUCCAUGGGGUAUCAAGGUGGAGCGAGUGGAGAUUAAAGAUGUUAAACUCCCGGUUCAGCUCCAGAGAGCCAUGGCAGCUGAGGCUGAAGCUUCCAGAGAGGCUCGUGCCAAGGUGAUCGCAGCAGAGGGAGAGAUGAACGCAUCACGGGCAUUAAAGGAGGCCUCUUUGGUUAUUGCUGAAUCACCUUCAGCUCUGCAGUUGCGCUACCUUCAAACACUCAACACCAUCUCAGCUGAAAAAAACUCCACCAUCAUCUUCCCCGUGCCCAUCGACAUAUUGCAGCACUUUGUAUCCCGUAAAUGACGGUAAAUGUUAUGUCUGCAGGAGCGGAACUUACAUUCAAGCCUAUAAUCAUUUCUGAAUAUCAUUAAGGUCAGGUAUUUCUUACAUGGUCAUUGCUUUUAGCCCUUAAAAAGCUUUAUUAAGCUAUAAAAAUGUUCCUAAUCAUUAGUAAGGUUCAUAGGUUGUGUGUACUGUAAGUGUACUCUCAAAAUUAUUCAAAUGAGAAUAAGUAACUCUUAUUUAUAUUGCACUACUCGAACUAUGAGAAACACUAUGAAAAAUACUUUUAUAUUUUAUUUGUUUUUUAUUACCUAACAUUAAAUGGUAUAUAAUAAAUAACAAUUAUUUAAAUAUUGAUUUAGUAGCACUUUUUAAAACAGCCUACAAAAUAAUUUACGGAGCAAAAAUGCCAGAAUUAAGUUUUCAGAAAAAAAUGGUUUAAAACAAAAUAGAAAAGGUAUUAAAAAGCAUUUUUGCAUUAUAUAACAGAGCAUUAAAUUAACAUAAUGAUUACAUGUGUUCAUCUAUUUUGUUAAGAUGCUGCUCCCAUGAUUGUGAGUGUGAUGUUUAAUUUCUAUAACAGUUUUAUAUUUAAGACAUUUCAUAAUUUCAUAAUUAUUGACAUUUCAGACACAGUAUAACCAAAUAACUUGUCUGCUGACUUGUUUGUUUAGUCCUCACAGAGCAGUUUUUUCAAUCCAAAACUCAGGUCACUGUCUAGGAAUAUAUUCUGUGCAUACUGUCUCUGUAUCUUUAUUCCCGUUUCCUCCUUCCUGCCAGAAACAUGAAUGCAGGAGGAGACACACCAUGUUAAAUUGCUUUCUAGGUGUGAAUACUUAUGUGAAUGUAUAAUCCACAGCCUUUCUGACUACUAAAGAUUAAUGAACCAAUGAGCAUUUUGAUGCUAGUUGUAGGGUUUUUAAACUGAGUUUCUGAGGGCCUUGUAUAAGGACCCAGUGGGAACAAUGAACAGUACUGGGAUUUGAACUCAUUACCUUUAAAUCAGAAAAACAGCUUAACCACUGAGCUACCACUGCCACUAGUUUCUAAUCCUGACAGGAUAGCACAGCUUUGAAGGAAGUGGCAAAUAUAUUCAUUUAAAAAUUAUAUCUGGACAAUGUGAUGAUGCUUAAAAGUGCUAUAUAAAUAAAACUGAAUUAACAAAACAAGA